CUGUGUAGCGGGAGAAGUCGGAGGUUAGCCGUGUUAUUAAAUGAAUAGGGAGGCAGAGGGGUGAGCAAGAUGCAACAGAUCCUCCAGGACAUGGUAAUUGCACCGGACCUGCUGGCCGAGCUGAACGAGGAGCAGAAGCAUAUUCUGUUCUACAAGAUCCGGCAGGAACAGGUCCGGCACUGGGAAUACCGCGAGAACCUAUAUGAAAAACAGAAUGCCGGUCCGUCAGGUUGCUCUCACAAAGGUGGCAAACUGGGCAUACAGUGGCUCCUGGGCUCUGAUGGGGAGGUGUGGGUGUGGGUGAUGGGAGAAGGGCCUGGAGACCGACCAUUUGAUGCCAUCGUGGAGCAGCUGAUGUCAGAGAGAGCCAGGAGACAAGCCCAACAAGAGGCACAGGAGCUGUGGCGUUUGAAAGAGGCAGAGAUUGAACAGAAGUUCAGGGAAGCAGUGACCAAAGAGAAAGCUCGCUCUGUGGCGGGAAGAUGGAAGGAAGAGACUGAGGACAGGAAAGAGGAGCGCAUUCGGGAGGAGUUGAAGAAAUAUAAAGAGGAGGAGAGGCAGAGAGGAGAAGAGGAGGUCCGGCACACAGAGGAGAGGAGAGCAAAGGAGCUGUACAUCUCCUUACGCCAGGAGGAGAUGAGGGGUGAGAGAGAGGACAUGGAGUGGCAGGAACAAUUGCGGCGUUCAAAGGCAGCGGAUGAGGAGAUGAAGAUUAAAGCCCGGAGGGCUAGAGACGAGUACAAGCGGCAGUCACUCCGGGCGAUAGAGAAAGGGCUGGUGGCCGGGAUCAGUGGCCUGUUCCAGAAACCACACCUUAACGGAUCGGCGCAGAGCCGCCGGCACAGCUCGGUGACGGAGUCUUCGAUUACGCCAUCGCCGUCUGAAGCCCUCCAGUCCACAACCAACCCCAGCGGGCAGCCGCCCCCGGCCCAUAACCGUCGGCGGCAGAACCGCAGACACAGCACAACCGCUGUGAACCUCACUGACAGUUCCAAGUGGGUUCGAUCACCCCGCCCAAGCUCUCGGGACUCCAUCCUGUGUUGGUUCAGAGAGGAGCAGAUCCCCAAAAGAGCUGGGUACAUGAGAAACAGCAACAACAUUGCCCCCUGGUUCCAUGGAAUAAUCUCUCGUCAGGAAUCUGAGGCUAUGUUGAAGAAAGCUGGGGAGGGAUGCUUCCUGGUGAGGGUGAGCGAGCGGAUUUGGGGGUACACCCUGUCAUGCCGCACCGCCAGCGGCUUCAAGCACUUCCUUAUCGAUGCCUCGGGGGACUACUACAGUUUUCUGGGUGUCGACCAGAGCCGCCAUGCAACUCUGGUUGACCUAAUUGAUUUCCACAAGGAGGAGGUGAUUACUACAUCAGGAGGAGAGCUGCUGCAGGAAUCCUGUAAGAGAAGCUCCUCUUCAGACUAUGGGGGAUUGUUUCAAGACCUCCAAACCUCCAAACUUCAGUAAUCCUCGCACCUUCCCUUACCUUCACACUAAUAUUCCACACUGUAAUCCUAACUCUGCCCUGCCCUCUAUGGUCAUCCAUAACUCUUAACCUAACCUUUCAAGCUGGUAAAUACAGAAGCAUCCUGUUAAACUACAGACUGUCUUCACCCAUACCAUACUGUACACGUCAUUACACUCAGUUAAUAUCUGUACAUUCACUGACCAAUUUGUCACAGUAGCAGUGGUGAAAUACAUGUAUACCUUGGGCUUACACCUCUUCAUAUUCACAGUAUCUAAAACACAUUGAGAUGUGAAGUCACUGUAUUUUUGUAGUCUAGUUAAUUUAGUAAUUCCAGGUGUUUAGUUAAAGAGGUGGAAUAUGGUUCUUACUGUUUGCUUAGAAAGGUGGUAUGUGGAGUUCUGGGAAGGGUGGGGCAUUUAUAAAUUGUCCUUUAUAAAUUGUUAUGCAAAUCGCUGUGUGUACCUCGUCUUGUAUUUUUAAAGCAUAGCUCCGUGAUGAAUGCACCUGAUCCAUUCAAAUCCAUUUCUUGUAGCAUUGAGCAGAAGCAUCGCUUUCUCUCCUCUCCCUUUCUCCCUGCCUCCCCCUCUCUCUUCCGUCUCUCUACCCUCUCCAUUGUGAGGUCGGCACUGUUCUUUUCCAUGACCGUUCCUGUGAAACCAGAGAGUGUGUGAAGAGCGCCAGGCAGCGCCGUCUUUGAGCGCACCCCAGGCAGUGGCCAUAAACACGCGCUCCGGUUACCGGCGCGCACAUUAAUAAACCAGCGGCCGCGCAUUGUCCUCGCAAAAAGCCACUUGAGUCAUGGUCAGACACAAAGACCCGACAAAUGCCCCCGCUCUUGGCCUGAAUGCGCAGGGAAGAAGGCAACAAAAGGCACGUUUCGCUUUACCGGUGUGUGAUCCUGUGCUGUAAGUGAGCAUGUUUCCACUGACUGAAACCUAUUCAUGAGGGAGAAUUCUCACGUUCAAAAGGGGAGGGGGCAGAGAUACGCUGGCGCAUAGAUAUGAAGUAAAUACUGCCCACGUCACACUGUGGAUCAUUACCUGCUGCCAACAAAGGAUUCCUGUAUCCUGCCAGUGUCAUAUUCACCCAGGUACAAUGCCUUCCGCGUAUCGGCUAUGGGCCUUGAUCUACAUAGACUAAUCUGCUGCACAUAGAGUUACUGUACACAGAUCUUCUGCAAAUAGGUCUAUGGUAAACAGAUCUGCUGCACACAUAUCUGGUGAGGACAGAUGACAGAUUUGCUGCACGCAGAUAGCGGGACAAUUGAGGAUUGGAAAAAACGUUGCUUGUUCUGAAUCUCAAUUUCUGUUGCGACAUGCCGUCUGCAGGGUCAAAAUUUGUUGUGAAUUCAUGAAUUCAUCCUGCCUUGUGUCAACAGUUCUUGCUGCUGGUGGUGAUGUUAUGGUAAGAUUUGCAGCAUGAAUGUGCAGCCCACAAAUUUGCAGCAACUGUGUGAUGCUAUCAUGUAAAUGAUGGAUUGGAAUCUCUAAGGAAUGUUUCCAGCACCUUGUCGAAUCCAGAAAGGUGUACCUAAUAAAGGACUAUGGGUCCAGUACAGACAGGCAUUGUGACUGAGAGAAGCAACCAUCCAAGGAGGGGCUAACCAGUCAACUGGAUGUUGUGAAAAGGAAAGAACUGGCUAGACUGUAGGGUUUUAAGAUUGAUUGGAGGUAUGGUGGAUUUGUUCAAUUCAAUGCCCUAUAGGCAGUGGUGGACCAAGUAAAUCCUGUACUUGAGUAAAAGCAAAAAUACCCUUGGUAAAAUCGUACAGAAGUAGCCUUGUCUAUUCUAUGUACUUGAGUAGAAGUACAAAAGUACCCGUUUUUAAAUGUAAUUAAAUAUCAAAAUUAAAAGUACUGUGAUGUAUGAAUUUAACCCAAGUACUUUUAUACUUCUACUCAAGCAGAAAUUAGAGUAGCCUAGGCUACUUCUACUUUUACUCAAGUACAGGAUUUCUGUACUUUGCCCAGCACUGCCUAUAGGCUAGUACCAAAGUCUCAAACUUCAUUUGAGCUGUAACAGGUUAACUACUUAAGUGAAAUGAAUCUGGGAUAGAAAUCGAGGUACUGAGUACUGUACAAUACAGCAGAAUAACAGCUGCCCCAUCUUGUUUUUCAUUGCUCAGAUGGGAGUUUUAGUGGUCUGAAUUUUGCUCCAUUAUUCCUGAGAAGUGCUGUCUAUUGUAAUUAUGCAAUGCUUCAAACUUUUAAACUACUCCCAUGAGUUUGUCAAUAAACCAAAAAAAACAUAA